CAGAGUUGGCGCCUGCGCACCAGCGUCUGUCGCGAUGGAGCUCUUGGGGGAUUUACCGCUUCGCUUCGCUCGUUUGCCCAUGUUUCCCUUCUUUGACUUAGCGCAUUACGCCGCUUCCAUCAUGUCUUUGAAGGAGCAGCGGGGAGUAGUUGAAGUCGCCUAUGACAGCCCACUUGCAUGUUGGUUUAGUGCUAUGCUUUACUGUUUUGGUGGGUCCAUAUUAUCUUCACUGAUGCUAGCAGAACCUCCAAUUGCAUUUCUUGCCAACACCACAGGUGUCCUCCUUGCCUCAUCCGUCUGGUAUCUUAUAUUUUAUUGCCCGCAUGAUCUACUCUACCGCAGUUUAUGUUUUACACCUAUACGACUGAUGAUUGCAGGAAUGAAGGAAGUGACAAGAACAUGGAAGAUAACAGGUGGAAUUGUUCACGCACAUAAACGCUUUGCAGAUGCCUGGCUAAUCAUGAUAGGAGUCGGUUGGGCCAGAGGAGCUGGUGGCGGUCUAAUAUCCAACUUUGAACAGUUGGUGAGAGGUAUAUGGAAGCCUGAAACUAAUGAACUGCUGAAGAUGUCAUAUCCCGUGAAAGUAAGUUUGAUAGGAGCAGUGCUCUUCACAAUGCAGUGCAACUUUUAUCUUCCAAUAACAAAGAACAAUCUCAUGUUGCUUUAUACCAUGUUUUUGGUGGUCACAAAGAUAAACAUGAUGGUGACAGGAUGCACAACUUCUCCAUUUGCUUCCCUGGAGGAAACAAUGGGUCGCCUCUUUUUUGGCCAGAAGAAGCCAACUGAUUCACAAGCUGUGAAUGAGAUCAAAGGACCCUUAAAUGGCAUCUCCUCACCCUGUGCCUGUCUUCUUGAUGGAGAGAAGAGUGAGGCAGUCCAAAAGAAGCAUUCAAAGAAAACUGAAUAAGAACCUCAACAGUGCUGAGGACAGCCAAAACGGCUUGCUUGUGUGUGCCCAUAAAAAUGUAGUAUUUCUCUUUCUUUCCAAAUGAUGUGAAAUGACAAUUGUGCAUGAGGUAAUUUCUGUGACAAGAGGAUAGCUGCACUGGUCCUUCAGAGAAGUUUUCAGCACAAACAACAGUUCAGUGAAGCUCUUAUAUUGCCCAUGAACUGCUCUGAUUGUUUACGGCAGCAGUUCCUGUCCUGCUGUCAUUUGGACAUUUUAGGAUGACAGUUCCCAUAAUUUUUAGCCACCACAGCCCUGAGGGUACCAGAUGAGAGAAAGCUUGACUAAUUCCUGCCCUAUGGUCUGUGUAGCUUCCGAAGUUGGCUAUGUUUUUUAAACUAAAAGUCAUAGUUGAAUAAGAUGCAUCAUGUCAAUUGUUUUUCUAAUUAAAUUUAUUCAGUUUAGAUGGCUGACCGUCUCACUAUAGUGACUGGGAAACUAACCAUAUUUACAAUCAAAAUACAAACAACACAAAGCAUCACAGAACAUAAAAGAAUGAUAAAGAUACUGUGAUCAAAUACUGUGAGUUUACUCAUUUUUAAUCGUUUUUUAUUUAAGAAAAUAAUGCCUAACAUAAAAUUUGUCAAAGUAUUUUCUCCCUUUUUUUCUCAUAGUGGCAAUACGUAAGAACCAGAUUUUAGAGUAUGGUUCAUCCAAAGUUGGGCACUUUUAAAAAGCAAUGGGAGAGGCUUCACAAUAUGUAUGUUUGGUCUGUAUGUUUCUUAUUGCUUCCUUAUGACUGAACUGAUACGUUUUUCUUUGACAAAAUAUGCUCUUUCAAUAUUUCAAUUUACAAAUUUUUUUUUUAGGGUUUGUGGGAUGUAUACUUUUCUGAUAUUUGUACCUGUUAAUUUUAGAUAUACUAAUGCCCUGAUUUGGAAGCACAAAUUCUUAAGUGUUUGCACUUGGCUUGCAUCACAAACUAAUUUAUAUAUUUUUCCACCAAUUUUUCAUACUAAAUUUUAAAAUGUUUGGAUGUUAAAUGAUUUGUAGAUACCUCUGCUGGAUUCUUGUGCAGGGCAAUGACAUUUUCUUGAGACCAAAAUUCAUAUGCAAUGUAACUUUGAGCCACUCUUUAUAAUUUUGAAAAUGAGUAUUAUUUGGAAUCUUAUCUGAGAUUAAAAAAAAGUCAAGACAGGGAUUUACAGCUCACCUGCCAGGAAGGUUGGUGAGAAUUGCAGGGAAAUCUCCUUUUCGCUGAUCACCUAACAGCCUAUAAUGCACAGUCAGUGGCCUACCCUUGUCUCAAUCAAGCUGCCUCCAUUUCUUUGGUUAAUAUUUUUCAUAAGCAUUUUCAGGCUAACAUUUGUAAUCUUUUAUAAACUACUAAAAAUUUAUAUCCAGGUUAAAAAUGAAACAGAAAAUGGAUUUUUUAAAAAAAGAAUAACAACUAUUUGUCAUAUCAUUUAGGGCAGUUUUCACUCUAGAUCUUCUAUUGUAGAAGAUUAGAUCAAGAAUGCCCAAAAAGUGAAUUAAAAUGUCCUUGUAGUGUUAUUUUGAACUUGGUUUGUACUGUACAUACUUGGAAAAUACUUGAGUUGGACGCCAGCAGCCAAUGUGCUUCAGAGGUUUAUGAGACUUUUUUUAAUGCAUGCUGGUAAAAUCACUGAUGUCUUUGUAUGGUUGGGCUGAGCUUUUUGAUUGGUAUGAUUAGUGUUGAUGCUUUUUAGUCCAAGAUUUUUUUGUGAAAUGCCUUUGGUACUCUUGUCAACAGGCUCACAGUAAUUACAGUGUAGGCUUUAUAGCAUACAUAAAUGUGAAAAUGUAUUUAAAAAUGACUGUAAAAUACUUAGAAGAUGGUGUGCCUUGCAUUUGAAUUGAGCAUUU